AAAUGCUAAUAUUAUUCGUAAGCACACAGAACGAGACGAAAUACUACGUAAGGUUAAACAUUUUGUUAAAUCAGGUUGGCUUACACAACUAUCGCCAGGUGAUAACGAAGUUAGACCAUAUUUUCAUCGGAGAUUAGCUUUAAUUCUUCACGAAAAUCUUCUCUGCUUACACGCAAACGUAAAACGUAUUGUUAUUCCAAAAUCAUUACAGCAAAAUACUCUAGAACUCUUACAUGAUGGACAUUGGGGAACCGUAAGAAUGAAGCAAUUAGCACGACAUCACGUUUGGUGGCCAACCAUCGAUGACGACAUAGUCAAAGUGACACGUCAAUGUGAAAUUUGUAAAGUUGGCAAUCCAGCUCCUACACGUCAAUACCUUAGUUGGCCAGAAGCGAAAGCACCAUCGACUUCGCUGGCCCUAUAUUCGAUUCUAUGUGGCUUAUAUGCAUAGACGCUUAUUCGCAAUUUCCAUUCGUUACACAGUUAUCUUCAACUACAACAGAUAAUACCAUACAUUCAUUGAAAUCAAUUUUUGCCAUUGAAGGUUUUCCCAAUGCACUGGUUAGUGAUAACGGACCUCAGCUAACAUCCGACGCAUUUCAACAAUUUUGCAAGUUACAUGGUAUUACGCACAUAACAACUGCACCAUUUCAUCCAGCAUCUAACGGACUCGCAGAACGUUUUGUUCAAACAUUUAAGACCGCAGUUCGAAAAAAUAUCAAUGAAGGUCUAUCUGUCAGAUGCGCCGUAGUCAAAUUUUUAGCUACUUAUCGUUUUACCCCUAAUUCCAAUGGAGAAACACCUGCUGAACUUCUCCAUGGUCGUUCAGUUCGUAUCAUGUUAACUCAACUUUUUGAGACACCAGCACAGUCAAAAUCUAAGAUCGUAGACAAAUACAAAUUUCAACCUAUUGAACUAGUAUACGCUAGGAACUUCGCGAAAGGAGAAAAGUGGAUCAAAGGAAUUAUAAUUCAUCCGAUUGGAAAAAUGAUGUUUAUGGUAAAGUCAAACAGAGGUACCAUAAGACGCCAUAUUAACCAACUCAAACCAAGAUCAAAUGCAGAAGGUAAUAACAAAACACCCAGCAUAAUACUUCCAGAUCAAUGGAUACCUGUACCUGAAUCGACAUCCAUACAUUCAGCAACGGUUAUGUUGCAAGACAAGUUAAACAUACAACCAGAUAUAUCCACACAAGCACCUCAUUUUAAUGACCAAACCAACGCACCAUCGCAAAUAGAGGAAAACGUUGCAGAAGAUCAGAAUUCGAACAAUCCGAUUCGAAGAAGCAACCGAUCGCGACAACAGGUUACUCGCUUCACAGCUCCUGAUUUUAGAAAUAAAUAAAGUAGUCUAUAAUUAAGAGGGGGGAUGUGAUAUGAACUUAAAAAUGUACAACACUGGAUUUCAGUGUUAAUAGUUGUCAAACCUGUCAGUUUGUAAAACUUUGUAAACUUCCUUCUUCUGGA